ACGUUGGCGGCCGAGCUGCUGGGAGCAGUUCCGCUGGGUUUCACGGCCCGAGGCUUCUUUCGGAGCACCUCCGGCAGCAAACCAAGAUGGAGUAUGAGUGGAAACCUGAUGAGCAAGGGCUUCAGCAAAUCCUGCAGCUGCUGAAGGAGUCCCAGUCCCCAGACACCACCAUCCAGAGGACCGUGCAACAAAAACUGGAACAACUCAAUCAGUAUCCAGAUUUUAACAACUACCUGAUUUUUGUUCUUACAAAAUUAAAAUCUGAAGAUGAACCCACACGAUCAUUGAGUGGUCUUAUCUUGAAGAAUAAUGUGAAAGCACACUUUCAGAAUUUCCCAAAUGGUGUAACAGACUUUAUUAAAAGUGAAUGUUUGAAUAAUAUUGGUGAUGCUUCUCCUCUGAUUAGAGCCACUGUAGGAAUUUUGAUUACAACUAUAGCCUCCAAGGGAGAAUUACAAAAUUGGCCUGACCUCUUACCAAAGCUCUGCAGCCUGUUGGAUUCGGAAGAUUACAAUACCUGUGAGGGAGCAUUUGGUGCUCUUCAGAAGAUAUGUGAAGAUUCUGCUGAGAUUUUAGAUAGUGAUGUUUUGGAUCGUCCUCUCAACAUCAUGAUUCCCAAAUUUUUACAGUUCUUCAAGCACAGUAGUCCCAAAAUAAGGUCUCAUGCUGUUGCAUGCGUCAAUCAGUUUAUCAUCAGUAGGACUCAAGCUCUGAUGCUGCACAUUGAUUCUUUUAUUGAGAAUCUCUUUGCCUUGGCUGGUGAUGAAGAACCAGAGGUGCGGAAAAAUGUGUGCCGGGCUCUUGUGAUGCUGCUUGAAGUUCGAAUGGAUCGCCUCCUUCCUCACAUGCAUAAUAUAGUUGAGUACAUGCUACAGAGGACCCAAGAUAAUGAUGAAAACGUCGCUUUAGAAGCUUGUGAAUUUUGGCUCACUUUGGCUGACCAACCAAUAUGCAAAGAUGUUCUCAUAAGGCAUCUUCCUAAGUUGAUUCCUGUAUUAGUAAAUGGCAUGAAGUAUUCAGAUAUCGAUAUUAUUCUCCUGAAGGGUGAUGUGGAAGAAGAUGAAACGAUUCCUGAUAGCGAACAGGAUAUAAGGCCACGUUUUCACCGGUCAAGAACAGUGGCUCAGCAGCAUGAUGAAGAUGGAAUUGAAGAGGAAGAUGACGAUGACGAUGAAAUGGAUGAUGAUGAUACCAUUUCUGACUGGAAUCUAAGGAAAUGUUCCGCUGCUGCCCUGGAUGUUCUUGCAAAUGUGUAUCGUGAUGAACUUUUGCCACAUAUUUUGCCUCUUUUGAAAGAAUUACUUUUUCAUCGUGAAUGGGUUGUUAAAGAAUCAGGCAUCCUGGUUUUAGGAGCAAUUGCUGAAGGUUGCAUGCAAGGUAUGAUUCCAUACCUGCCUGAGCUCAUUCCUCACCUUAUUCAGUGCCUCUCUGAUAAAAAGGCUCUUGUGCGUUCCAUAACGUGCUGGACUCUUAGCCGCUAUGCACACUGGGUAGUCAGCCAGCCCCCAGACACGUACCUGAAGCCAUUAAUGACAGAAUUGCUAAAGCGUAUCCUGGAUAGCAACAAGAGAGUACAGGAAGCUGCCUGCAGUGCCUUUGCUACCCUAGAAGAGGAGGCUUGUACAGAACUUGUUCCUUACCUUGCUUAUAUACUUGAUACUCUGGUCUUCGCAUUUAGUAAAUACCAGCAUAAGAACCUACUCAUUCUUUACGAUGCCAUAGGAACAUUAGCAGAUUCAGUGGGACAUCAUUUAAACAAACCAGAGUAUAUUCAGAUGCUAAUGCCUCCCCUGAUCCAGAAAUGGAACAUGUUAAAGGAUGAAGAUAAAGACCUCUUUCCUUUACUUGAGUGCCUAUCUUCAGUUGCCACCGCCCUGCAGUCUGGCUUCCUUCCAUACUGUGAACCUGUGUAUCAGCGUUGUGUCAACCUGGUGCAGAAGACUCUUGCACAAGCCAUGUUAAACAAUGCUCAACCCGAUCAAUAUGAGGCUCCUGAUAAAGAUUUUAUGAUCGUGGCUCUCGAUUUACUCAGUGGCCUGGCGGAAGGACUCGGGGGCAACAUUGAACAGCUGGUCGCACGAAGUAACAUCCUUACCCUAAUGUAUCAGUGCAUGCAGGAUAAAAUGCCAGAAGUUCGACAGAGUUCCUUUGCCCUGUUAGGUGACCUGACUAAAGCUUGCUUUCAGCAUGUUAAGCCUUGCAUAGCUGAUUUCAUGCCAAUAUUGGGAACCAAUCUAAAUCCAGAGUUCAUUUCCGUUUGCAACAAUGCCACAUGGGCAAUUGGAGAAAUCUCCAUUCAAAUGGGCAUAGAGAUGCAGCCUUAUAUCCCUAUGGUGUUGCACCAGCUUGUAGAAAUCAUUAACAGACCCAACACACCAAAGACGUUGUUAGAGAACACAGCAAUAACAAUUGGUCGUCUUGGUUACGUUUGUCCUCAAGAGGUGGCCCCCAUGCUACAGCAGUUUAUAAGACCCUGGUGUACCUCUUUGAGAAACAUAAGAGACAAUGAGGAAAAGGAUUCGGCAUUCCGUGGGAUUUGUACCAUGAUCAGUGUGAAUCCCAGUGGAGUAAUCCAAGAUUUUAUAUUUUUUUGUGAUGCUGUUGCAUCAUGGAUUAGCCCAAAAGAUGAUCUCAGAGACAUGUUCUGUAAGAUCCUUCAUGGAUUUAAAAAUCAAGUUGGGGAUGAAAAUUGGAGGCGUUUCUCUGACCAGUUUCCUCUUCCCUUAAAAGAGCGUCUUGCAGCUUUUUAUGGUGUUUAAUCUUAUACACUUAAGCUGCAGUCCCAUAAUUAGGGGUCCUUCGGUCUUGGAGACUAUGAGGAGCCUCUGCACCCAGGGAAAAUGUUACCCUUGACAGGGGGGAAGGGUAAACCAGUAGGGGAUACAGUACAAUCCCAACCCUACUGGGAGGGGCGGGAGGGAGGUGUUGCCGUCACUGUAUUAAGUCGAUGUUGGGAAAUGUUUUACCAUCUGGAGCCAUUGUGGGUGGAAAUCUGUCUCCAAUUACAACUCCGCACUGGAUGUGAAGAAGAAAAAAAAAUCUGUCUACUCACAAAACAGUACAUUCUGAAAUAUUAUGGGGAAUUGUACCAAAACAAGAACCAUAUAAAUGAUGCAUAGGGUAAAGAAAGAGGAAAGAUUAUAUAGCGCACAAUAAAGGAAGUCUAAGAAUGGGGGUUAUAAACAAAAGAAGCUUCCCCCCCCCUUUUUUUUUUUUAAUUUAAAGGUUUUUAUAUAAGUUUCCCACAUGCUGGGACCUUGUCUUGCAUGCUGAUGAAGAGCUACACAAAUGAAGCUAGCAGAGUUAAAAUCAGCUUGCCUACCCAGAGUAGAAAAGCAGGUUCUUGGAAGUUACAAUUUAAGGUACCCCAGAAAAAGUUGGAAAUAAAAUGAAACCAAUGUAAACAAUGAAGCACCCUGUGAAAUGCCAAAUGAGUCAGUCCUUUACCUUUGUGGGGUGGGCAGGGAGGGAGGAGUAAAUGGGGCUGGGCAUAUCUAAAGAUUGAUGUCUUAAUUUUACAUUAAAACUUUAAUGUAGUGCAUAUAAUUUGAUGGUUGUACUUCAUUAGAUUAAUUUCUAGGCCAAGACAUUAUUUUUAAUGUGCAGUUUAAGGUUCAGGCAUGCAUUCUGGCUCAUAGUGAUUGAAAGUAAUUUAAAUUAGUGGGGAAGUAGCAUGCUUGCAUCACAUAGAGUGAGGUUGGUACCUUUGACCUAUGAUGCGCCAGUUUGUGUUGCAGUUUACCAAUUCAAUAUAGCCCUGCAUUUAAAAUUCCUUUUUAAGAUUUGUGGACUUUAUUUUUAUUAAGGAUAUAGAUAUAAAGUACUGUAGUUUACAGCUAGGCCUUGAAAAUAUCUUUCUAGGAAAUCUUAGGGAUAAGAUUGAUAUUGUAUUGUGUGUAACCUGCACAAUGUGGAAAGCUGAUAUACCUGUGCAAAAUCUUUGGCUCUGUGCUGUCAGUGUGAUGUGCUUUCUGCAUGGUUAUAUACUACUAGUGAUUUUAUCAAAACUUCUAACCCUUAAAAUACAUGGUCAAAAAGGCUGCGUAAAUGUUAGUUGGCACAUAAAGACAAUUGUAGAAGUUGAAGACAUGAUUGCUGUAUUUCAGUGUUUAUUCCCACUCAGCAUAUUGCCUUCUAAGCUUCCUUUUUCUGUUCAACGCAUGAUCUUAAAAGAUAUAUUUCAGUUAAUGGAUGUAAUGCAGGGUUCCUACACUGUAUUGGCGCAUGUUGGUGGCCCUCUGUGCCCUAGAUAAAUGCACAAAGGGUGCAAGUUCAAAGCUACAGAAUGAAAGUUGGUUUGGAUCCUCUUCAUUUCAUUUGUUUAGCUUUUCUGUUAUUUUUCUCUACUUACAUGUAUUCCUGUGAAUAAAUCCUUGUUAAGUUAACCCUUUACUUUUCCUUCCAUGUGUAUUUUCUUGUAUACUGUGAAUGUGAAAACCUAACUGGUACACUUGAUUUUGUGUCCAUGAGAAAGUGCAAGUCUUCAUUAAUCUGGAUUGCCUGAACAGUGUAUCCCAUGAUGAAGGAAAUGGAGAGAUUUUUCUGUUUAACUCUGCUGGUCAGAGACAAAGCCACCCCUUUCCAUUUUCAGUGCUGCAUAUUUAAUCUGCAACAGAAAUGUUAAGCCAUAACAACCUUUUUUAUAUUUUGGUUUGUCACCUUUGCAUUGCAGAAUAAAUACUGAAUAACCAUUUUUUAUAAGCAGUUGCCCCUCUUUGCAUGGUUCUAUUCUCUGAAGGUGUUGAAUGAUAACGGCAUUGCACUGAAGUUGGCGCUGUGUGCGUGCGAAUUUCUAAAUAUUGGUUCGAAAAGUUUCAAAUGCAUGGUAGCAUGCACAGAGGAUUUUGUUACCGUAUCUGUGUGUUUGUGUUUUUUGUUGUUGCUUCCUUUUUUAAAACAUUGUUUUCACCACCUGUACUUCGGCUUUGCGAAUUUCAAUCUGUAGAGCCUGAAUCGAGUCUUUCUGAUAAUGUGUUGUUUCCACCACCACCACCCCCUUUCUUUUCUUUUCUUUUUUUAAUUACAAGUUGGAUCCAAAGAUAAUGUGGCAUUUUGUUUCCUGUACCAUUGUUUCUAGGAACUCAAAACACAGUUUUAGUUAGUCUGCAAAACCUGAAAAUAGAGCUAUUUUUAUUCAAUUUCAGUAAUACACUGUAGUGCUUCAGGUAUUACUUUAUAUUGUAAUAUGGGAGAUAUUUUAGUGCUUAGGAAUAGGUAAUAAAUAGGACAACAUUCUUUAAGCCCAGCAAAACAGAAACCAUCUAGUUGGCUGGGCCUUUGAUUAACAUUUCCACAUUGUCACUUAUCUGAUUGCAAAUCCAUUUUCAAUUAGACAGCUAAAUAACAGGGCUAUGCCCAUUUCAUAGUCAUUUGACCUCUUAAGGAAGGACAUUUAAUUUAUAAAAAUAGAGAAUAAGUCAAUAUUAUGAGUAAGCUUACGGAUGGGCUUUUGAGUUUUCCCCCAGUUUUCACCUCACUCCCCUGCCUUGAAAUUAUUUCGUUUUUUCCUAGUUUACACUUCAUAUACUUAGUAUAGCCCCGGGAUUUGCAGAAGCCAUGUGUUUUCAGUUAACUUCUUGAUUUUUUUAGGCUCUGGUUUAGCAUCUAUUAUUGUUCUGAUAAAACUCAAUACAUCAUGGGAUAUCUAUAUAAAGCAACUUAAUUCUUGUGGUGUAGUCUUUGAUAGUUUUGAAUGUUGACUGAAUGUCUUAGGAGGUUGUGAGUUUGUCUUUGUUACAUUCCAGUGUUUUCUGCCUCUUGGCAUGCUUAAUGCACGGCUUACUUUAUCCGCUUCUCCCACACCAACAUGCUGUGGGUGUGCUCAACUACAGAAAUAGCCGCUGCUGAGUGAUGUAGAUUUUCUACUUGAAUAUUUUUAUGUUGUAGGAACCUCAGGAGGUCAGUGUUUACUGUUUUAUAUAUGCCUUCUUUUUCCUGUGUGAGCUUCUCCUCUGAAGGAUUCUAACAGAACAAAAGCUGCUGAUCAACCUAAGUUGGAAACAGAAAGUGUAUUUAAUAUAAUUUAAUGCAUGUUUGGCAGUUCCAUGCUAUAGGCCCAUUCAUUAGUGAGUGAAUUUAGUACCAUGGAUAAUUCAUUUUUCAGAAAAGAAUUCUGUUUUUUGGGGGGGUAUUGUCUAAUCUCUUUAAUGACUUCAUACUAUGUUUAAAAAUAAUACUUUUUUUUACAUACUUUGGUUAUUUUCCAAAUAACCAACAUGUAAAUAAUCUUUAAGAGCCAGUUUUGAUGCUUUACAUUAUUGCUACUUGAUUUUGUGAGGCAAAUUAGAUUUCAGAGAAGAGGUUUUAAAACACUUACUUAACCAAGCCAUUACAUCUGAAAAACAAAGCAAGUAGCAUACAUUUUGUAAUUAACAUUGAACACUGUGAUUUUUUUUGUUAAGACUUUUUCAUUGAUCUAAAUUGCUUAAAUUGCAUAUAUUGUAAAAUAGGAUCAGAUGUAUAUUUUAAAAUAAUUUCAACUGAUUUUCCUCUAUUGAAAUGCUCUGUCUACUCAGUUGUAAAAUAUUCAGAUACAAGUUUUAUCUCAGGUGAAUACUCUUGUAUCAGUUUUGCUUUGGUGACAUAUGCUUAAGGAGGUCAUCAUACUUCUAGCCUUGGUUUUGUUUUGUUUUUUAGAGUGUGCUUUAUUGAGAAUCUCCCCCUUUAGUCUGACUUUACAGCCCGUACACAAGCAGACAGGAGUUGGGUCCCUCUUGGCGAGUCUUUUGCGUGCAGGCUUACCUGAAAAGGAGUUAGCUUAGUCCUCCUUUUCACCAGCUCCCAGAGGAAAGAAACGUUUCUCCCCUUAUUCACUCACCUGCGUAACUGAAAUGCCAGAAUUAGACUAAUGUCCUAAACCCUUUAGUCUAAAGGUAAAUGAAAUCUCUUACCAUGAGGGGGCAUGAAAGUGGUUUUUUGCUUCAUGUACUUAAUCUGUAUUAUUCAUAUUGAAUGUAUUAACAGAUAACGGUGCAAAAACAUUCUUUCCAGGAGAAGAAUGUAUCAUGCGUAACUGCAGUUUAAGCCCUUCCUUUGAUCGUACUUUAAAACGUAACACAGUUUUGCUUAGUGUUAUUUUUUCCCCCAAAAAAAAUAAUACAGGGGUGGGGAGGGAACACUAGCUGUUGCUAUCAAUACUGUUAAGAAAGCUGGUAUUGGAAUUUUUUAAGAACCUGGAAUAGGAAUGAAUAGGCUAGAUGAAAAAUCAGAUCAAUAAGGAUUGUUUAUCACAAUAUCUAGUAAUACCACGCAAUACUAUUAUAUACUUAGUGCAUUUCACAUUGUUAACUGUGGAGUUCUUUUUAAUGCCUCUUAAAAAUCAAAUUAUAUGUUUAGUUUAACCUGUACAAUUUCCAUAGUGAUUUGUUAGGUUUUGGGGGGAGUUUUUCCCUGGUCAUCUUUCCCCCAUCACUGAUAAUACGUAGAGGAUUCUAUUAUCUUUAGCCCUAAUUAUACUUAUGUUAAGGUAGUACAUUUGAAUUGCAUAAGUAUUUCUUGUGGUUUUUAUCCCUGAGUGAGUGAGUGUUGUGUGUGUGUGUGUGUGUGUGUUUUCAAGAUGCGUAACUGAAUGUAUGCAUGAUUUUAAAUGAAGUUUAAUUGAUUUUUUUUAAUACUUUUUGUUGUAAUUAAACCCAAGCCAAAUCCAUUUGCCAACUAUUCUAUCACUAAUUAGAAAAACAGUAGGUUCUCUUUUAUUACAGUUCAAGUAUCAAAGAAUCCUAUUUUACCCUGGCUUGGCAUUAUGCAGAAUUUGUUCUUUUUCAUAUCUAUCUUAGUAAAAGCCUAAUGUAACAUGGUUAGCCUCUAAGGCAAUGUUGAUUCCCGAGUUCCAGCAUCAUAAAGGAGUUCCAUGUACUUUCUGCAUAUUAUUUCAUCGUUUUCCCUCCGUGGAUGUAUACGUGUCAUAUCUAAACUAAAGUUGGGUGGUUUUAUGGAGAUAAUAAUUAGACAAUACUGUGUAAUUAACUUUACUGAAUAGACUAUCAUCUUGUGAGAAGAGAUGUUUAAACAUUAUAAAUUACUUCAUAAUAUAAAACCGUUUUACACUUAAUACUCAUGUUAACUUUGGGUGCAAUAAUUUAGUAGUUUUAGCUUUAGUUAUCAAUAACUGGAUCUUUCUGCUGACAACUUAGGUUGUAUGAGUUACGCUUAAAAGCUUUAAAUCUGAUGUUCCUUGUACCUGCCACACUAUGUUAGAAUGUGUCCUUCAAACAUAUCCUCCUGCAACUUCUCAAACUGUACUAAAUUGAUAUUUCUUGAAGUCUAACUGUGCUAACAGAUCUUCAUUUUAAAUAGAAUACGGUUUUAAUUUUUGAUAAGCUGCUGAAUUUUAAAGAGAGUUUUUUGGGGCCACCAAAUAUUUUGGAUCAUGCAGAGAAUAUAUAUUGUACUGUAGUAAUUUUGUAUUUACAUUUGUAUGAUGUGACAUAAUAGAUGUGAAUGUUAAUCACUGCUUGACUAUGUUAAUAAAGUUGUUUAACUAUA